CCGGGAGGCGGCAGCCUGCGAGUGGGGGGCCGCCGCCGGCGGCGGGGCUGAGCCGGGUAUGAGCGACGUGGUGGAGCGGACGCUGAGCGCGCUGCCCGGCCUGCUGGGGCAGCACGACCCGGGGGCCGGGCCCGGCGGGGGCCCGGGUCGGUUCUCGGCCACCUCGCGGCUGGGCGGCUUGAUCCGGAGCAUCACUGCGCUCUCCUCCAAACAUGAGGAAGAAAAAUUAAUACAACAGGAACAAACUAAUUUGAAAGCAACAGUUUCUGCUCCCACUACAACAGUUAGACUGAUGAAAGAAUGUAUGGUGAGACUAAUCUAUUGUGAAAUGCUGGGAUAUGAGUCCUCCUUCGGAUACAUCCAUGCUAUUAAGCUAGCACAACAGGGAAACCUUUUAGAAAAAAGAGUUGGUUACUUGGCUGUUUCUUUAUUCCUCCAUGAAAAUCAUGAACUGUUGCUUCUGCUUGUGAACACAGUUGUGAAGGACUUGCAGAGCACUAACCUGGUUGAGGUGUGUAUGGCACUUACUGUUGUCAGCCAGAUCUUUCCACGGGAAAUGAUUCCAGCUGUACUUCCCCUCAUAGAAGACAAACUUCAGCAUUCUAAGGAAAUUAUCCGAAGAAAAGCAGUUCAGGCGUUGUAUAAAUUCUAUCUCAUUGCUCCCAACCAAGUCCAGCACAUCCAUGACAAGUUCCGGAAAGCCCUGUGUGACAGGGAUGUUGGAGUCAUGGCUGCUUCUUUACACAUUUACCUUCAAAUGAUUAAGAAAAAUGCAUCUGGAUACAAGGACUUGACAGAGAGCUUUGUAACCAUUCUAAAGCAGGUAGUGGGAGGAAAGCUUCCUAUAGACUUCAAUUACCACAGCGUGCCAGCACCAUGGCUACAAAUUCAGCUCUUAAGAAUACUGGGGCUGUUAGGAAGAGAUGAUCCAAGGACAAGUGAAUUAAUGUAUGAUGUUCUGGAUGAGUCUUUAAGAAGAGCAGAAAUAAAUCAUAAUAUUACAUAUGCUAUCUUAUUUGAAUGUGUACAAACAAUUUAUACCAUUUGCCCCAAAUCUGAUCUGCUUGAGAAGGCUGCCAAAUGCAUUGGGAAAUUUGUUCUAUCACCUAAAAUUAAUUUGAAGUAUUUAGGAUUAAAGGCUCUGACCUAUGUUAUCCAGCAGGAUCCAAAUCUGGCACUUCAGCACCAAAUGACAAUAAUUGAGUGUCUGGACCAUCCUGAUCCUAUCAUCAAAAGGGAGACAUUGGAGCUUCUCUACAGAAUUACCAAUGGGCAGAAUGUAACCGUCAUAGUUCAAAAGAUGCUGGACUACUUAAGACAAAGCAAGGAAGAAUAUACCAUCAUCAACUUAACUGGCAAAAUAGCAGAAUUAGCUGAGAAAUAUGCCCCUGACAAUGAGUGGUUCAUCCAGACUAUGAAUGCAGUAUUUUCGGUAGGAGGAGAUGUAAUGCACUCUGACAUCCCAAACAACUUCUUGAGGCUGCUGGCUGAAGGAUUUGAUGAUGAAAAGGAAGAUGAGCAGCUACGGCUUUAUGCUGUCCAGUCUUAUCUUUCUUUGCUGGAGGAGGAAGAUACUUUUUAUCCACAGAAAUUUCUUCAAGUUAUGAGUUGGGUUUUGGGGGAGUAUUCCUACCUUGUAAAUGAUGGUGAUCCAGAAGUCAUUAUAACAAAACUGCACAGGUUGCUGAAGCAGACCUUUGUUACUUCUGAAACUAAAGCCUGGAUUAUGACUGCAAUCACUAAAAUAUCAUCCCGUAUGCCUUGUUCUAAAACAGUUGAUAAACUAAUCCAGGAAUUCAGCACUUCUCUAGACACGUGCAUGAGGCAAUAUGCCUUUGAAUUAAAACAUUUGUGUGAAAACAAGGAGCUGAUGAAAAACGUGCUUCCGCUUGAUGCCAGUUGUGAUGAGAUAAUGGUAGAUGCUUCCUUAUCUUUCCUAGAUGGGUUUGUGGCUGAAGGACUUAGCUGUGGUGCAGCACCAUAUAAACCUCAUCACCAGAGACAGGAGGAGAAGCUUUCUCAGGGAAAAGCUCUGAAUUUUGAACCUUAUGGAUUGUCAUUUACUUCAAGCAUGUCUUCAUCCGGCUUCACUGGCCGACAAUCUCCUGCUGGUCUUUCUCUUGGUUCAGACAUGUCUGGUAAUAGUGCCGAGAUAGGACAGAAAGAGACCAAUUGUCUGAAACUUGAUGGUGUGAGGAAACUAUGGGGGAAAGAAGGCUACCUCCCGAAAAAAGAGAACAAAACAGGAAAAGAAGAUAAAACACAACCUGUUCCUCAGGAUAGCAUAUUAAUGGGACAUGUAGUUGAUCCUCCUCUGACACAGUCUGAGCAACAGGUAGUCAGCCUUUCAGAGGAAGACAAGGAGAAGCAGCAGCUCGCAUCAACGUUGUUUGUGGGGCUAGGGUCAAACAACACUAUCAGUCUGAUGGGGAAAGCAGAUACCACCACUCAGAAGUUCAAAAAAAAAUCAAAAAUAAGUGAAACCCAGAAUAGCAAAGAAACAUCUAGUUUCCAAAAUAUUGCUACCUUGCCUUUCAGUCCUUUACUUGGUACAGCUCCUAACAAUAAGGAAAACUUUCAGGGCAAUGAACAUCUCGGAUUAAGGAAAGUCUCACUGAGUUCUUCAGAAGUUUUGGAAGCUAGUGUUUCAUUUGAUACGUCUCAAUCGCUGACAGAAGCUGGACUGGAUGAGACGCUUUCAAACUGUAGACUAUCAACAUCCUCUUUGUUUGCUGAUAGUAAUAUUGAAGUUUUUCAGCCUUCCCAAAGUGUUCCAGAUAUAGUUGCCAAUAAGGCCCCCUUGAAUCUUUGCUUACCAGAUGAACUAGCUGAUCACCCUCAUUCAGAAAUAGUAGAGCUUUGUAGCAGUGACAUCCUGACUAUGUACUCGUGUAAAGUUUGGACAGAUGACUGUUUACUGCUUAUCUUGUUUGUUGCCAACAAAAGCACCUCACCGCUCAAAACUGUGACCCUAGUGUUUGAAAAUGCAGAGCAUUUUAAGAUCUUUGAGAGUCUUAGCUGUCAUUUUCCUGUAAUAGAAGCUCAAAGCAUGGAAAGCUGCCAAAAGUGUGUGCAGUUGGAAACAGUCUGUACAGAGGGCAUUCUCUUCGGCUCCAUUCGUUAUCCUCUAGAUACGGAUACUCAUCUUGAGUUUUCACUAACUUUCUCACUGUCCGAUUUCAUCAGACCAAUGAAAAUUACCACUGAAGACUUUGGGAGACUGUGGCUGUCCUUUUCUAAUGAUGUGAAACAAAAUCUAAAAAUGUCACCUUCUCAGGGAUCUCUCUCCAUAGCUCUGAACACCCUGAAGCAGAAAUUAAAGCUCCAUAUUGUUGAAAUUAUUGGUAAUGAGGGAAUAGUGGCAUGCCGGCUACUUCCAUCAGUCCCCUGUCUGCUGCAUUGUCGUACUCAUGCAAGGACACUGGCACUGUGGUUUAGAUCCUCUUGUUCUGCUCUUCCAGACAGUUUACUAUAUCUGUGUCAAAAGGUGAUGGAGGAAUCUUAAUUGCAACAGUGCCUGCUUUUCUAACAUACUGGUGUAAAAAUAAAUGCAUACAAAAGACUUACAGGGUUACACAAAUGUUUACCAAAGCAAAAUGAGUUAAAACGAUACUCAAGAGUGGUUUCAUCCCCCCAACUGGCAUGUGCCAUAUGGACUAACGGGAAAGCAGAAUGAUCCACGAUGUGCCUGCAGAAAUGUGCUCAGGAUUUUACAGUUGCUGACAGAUGACCCAAUGAAGUAUUGCUAACUGUUUAAAUGAAAUGUAUAUUUCUUAGUUUAUUGUAGAUGAUUGAAAGUAUUUAUUUUCUAUUACAUAAUUUUUGUAUAUAGCAACCCUUUACUCUUAGGAGCAGCUACUUAGUACUUAAAUAUUAUUUUAAGGAAAACAUCACUGCUAUGAAGUCAGCUUUAUACUGUAAAAAUGAUUCAAAUGCUUGUCUGUAACAUUACCAUUUACUUCAUUUAUGAGCUUUUUCUAAAGCUGCAUUUUAAGCACUAUUGGAAACAAGACCCAUACUGGCUGUUGCACGUGGUAUGUUAUCUUACCACAGAGGAUAGAAGUGCAUGCUUCAUAAUUGUUUCACUGGCUUUAAAUGGUCAGAAGUACUGCACGUGAUCUUUUGGUCGUUUACCAGUUAAGGACUUGACUCAUGUCAUCCAGACAGUCUUUGGAGAAUGGGAGAGGUGUCUAAAACUGGGAGUUGCGUGGUGAUGGCUAAAUUGGAUGGAGAUCCAUUGCUAUCCAAGUCAUGUGUAUGGUAUCUGCAGCUCCUUGUCAUUUUCAUUUUAUUCCUCUUCUUCACUUGCCUUUGGUAGAAGUCUGUAACACUCAUCAAAAGAACUGUGCAUGUCCCAAAGAUAUUUUUCAAAAGUAUAGAAGAGGAAAAUAUUAAGCCUGGAUUUAUCAUAGCUGUGUGAAAGUAUUGAAGGUGCUGUGUAUUUAAUUUGGACUGAAAUAUUUGAAUUUACUUUGAAUUUUCUUUUAUAAUGCUAAUUAUCUACAGUAUUGAUUGGUUAUCAGUCUUUGUAAAUUACUGCUUAUACAUGGUUUGGAUGUAAUUGUGUUGUUAUGAAUGUUUCUAAAGGCUUGUUUACACAGAGCAGCAAUGUGCAUUAUGGGGGUGUGAUUUCUAAGGUGCACUAACUGGUCCAGGUAGACACUGCUGGUACGCACUAAAAGUUCCCAAGUGCGUUUUACUCUAGUGCUGUAUAUUGAAGUGCAUUAGGGAACUUUCAGUGUGCACUGGCAGGGUCUACACCAGGGGUCUCAAAAACAUGGCCCAUGGGCCAGAGUUAUUUCCUGCGGCCUGCUGUGGGUGCCGACUCCACCGGCAGCCAAGCUCUCCUGCCCCCACCCCGAGCAUGCUGCAUCACCACUCCACCUACUUCCCAGCGCUUCCCACUGUCAAACAACUGUUUGGCAGUGCUUAGGAGUUUCCAGGAAGAAGUGGGGAGGAGCGGGGAUGUGGCAGGGCCGGAGUGGGGAUUUGGGGAAAGGGUUG